AGCUGGGCGCGAGAAAGUGGUGAAAUGGCGGGAGAGUAUAAUAAGGAAACAAAAUAAAUCUUAACUCACACACUCAGUUAAAUUAGAACACACAAAUUUUGUAAUUUCUAUUUUCUAAUAUCAUUUAAUUUUCAUUUGAUUAUCGAACUAGAACGAGAACGAAAAUGGAGGAAUCGAAAAAGUGUUGGAGAAAGGAAGUAGACGAGAAUCUAAAGAGACUACACUCUCUCUUAUUCGGCGCCGAACUCGCUCUCAAAAACCGCGAUUUCUCUUCCGCUUACAUUCUCUCUCUUCGUCUCAUUGGUUUCCUUGAAUCUCGUUCUCAAUCCGAAAUUGACGAAACCUUUCUUCAACACAUUCGUCGUGAAGCCUUAACCUACCUUCACUCCGCAAGACAAUCUCUCAAUCCUCUCAUCGAUCGUCAAGCUUUUGAACAAGUAAAGAAGAAGUCUCCAGGAUGUGUUUUUGGCACAACAGGAGAUAUUGACACCGACAAGAUAUGGAAUUCUAAAUACUUUCAAGCUCUUCUCAAGACAUCUAAAGAAAAAGAUGGCAAUCAAUGGGUUGAUCAACUGGGGAAGCAAAACAGAAGAGCCAGUGAAGCAUCAAAGGAAUUGGGGCAAACGAAGAUAACAUCCAUGUAUGGGAAAAACAGCUUGAGAACUAGUAAUGGUUCAAAAAGUUUUUUCAACUUGAAAAAUAACAGUUCUGAGGACUGCAUAAUUAUUGGAAGGCCUCAAUCACAUGCGAGCCAUACAAAGGGUCCUGGUGUCUCUUCUGUUUUUGAAGUAGAAGGAGAAGAAAGAGCUUGUCGAAACACUUUUUCGACAAAACGUGCACACGUGGAACAUACUAGUCCCAGAGUUGGUUAUGUCAAGUCACCUUCAAGCAAGGAGGAAGUUAGUCACGAUGUCGUUGGCAAUGGGUUUGUUACGGCGAAAGUACAGUUGGAAUUAGAAGCAAAGCAAAAGCGAUGUUUAAAUAGUUCACCCAGUGCAUCUGUCUCACCACAAUGUGAUAACAAUCCUGCCAACAGGCUAUAUGGUGGGAGAUCAUAUGGUAUUUCACGACGUGGCAUCCGUGGUAAUUUUGUCCCCCCUAUUAAGUCCAAUGGGAGCAAUACUGGAAAUAUAAGUUCCCGAAUGGCUGGCAAGUGUGAUGAUACUUUAGAUGAGUCUACAAAGAAAUGUUUGGAAUUCCUGUGUGGUCCUGAUGGCGAACUUCCUGAGAAAUUAAGGAAUUUAGAACCUCGCCUCAUUGAACAUGUUAGUAACGAGAUAAUGGAUAAAGAUCCCAAUGUCCGUUGGGAUGACAUUGCUGGAUUGGACCAUGCCAAAGUAUGUGUCACUGAAAUGGUCAUAUACCCUCUGCAACGUCCUGACAUAUUUAUGGGCUGCCGAUCUCCUGGGAGAGGUCUGCUUCUUUUUGGUCCACCAGGAACUGGUAAAACAAUGAUUGGAAAAGCCAUAGCUGGGGAGGCAAAGGCAACCUUCUUCUACAUAUCUGCCAGCUCGUUGACUAGCAAGUGGAUUGGUGAAGGUGAGAAACUAGUGAGAGCUCUAUUUGGAGUGGCCAGUUGUCGUCAGCCAGCAGUGAUUUUUGUUGAUGAAAUAGAUUCCCUCUUGUCUCAGCGUAAGUCAGAUGGUGAACAUGAAUCCAGUAGACGGAUGAAGACACAGUUUCUUAUUGAAAUGGAAGGCUUUGACGGGGGUAACGAGCAAAUUCUGCUUAUAGGGGCAACAAAUCGUCCCCAAGAGCUUGAUGAAGCAGCACGAAGGAGACUUACUAAAAGACUUUAUAUUCCCCUACCAUCCUCAGAGGCAAGAGCUUGGAUUGCACGUAGCCUUUUAGAGAAGGAUGGAUUAUUCAAGCUAUCAAAUGAGGAAAUGGAUAUUAUAUGCAACUUAACGGAAGGUUAUUCGGGAUCAGACAUGAAAAACUUGGUGAAGGAUGCUUCUAUGGGUCCCCUAAGAGAGGCAUUAAGACAAGGUAUAGAAAUUACCAAGUUGAAAAAGGAGGAUAUGAGGCCAGUAAAUCUUCAGGACUUCAAGAAUUCCCUGCAAGAGGUUAGGCCUUCUGUUUCACCUAAUGAACUUGGCACUUAUGAACAAUGGAACAAGCAAUUUGGAAGCUUAGCAAUGUAGAGGAAUGUAUAUUCCCAAUGUAAGGUGACAGCACCCAUAUCAACUAGUCACCUUGAUUGUAGAAUAGUUAUAUCAAACGUGUAGAGAUUUACCUUAAUAAUUAAACAACAUAGCCAGCCAGAAUCAAAUGGCCUAACUAUUGCAUGCAUCAUGGAACUGUUGGAUGUUAUUGUCUGUGUGGAUAUGAUUGAUAUAAGGAGUAUUUGAAGAUAUCUGUGCCGAAAGACAAUACAAAUGAGUUAAAAUUGCAUGAUAGAAGAGAAUCUCUUAAAUGGCAAGUUGUGAGUAAAACCCAGUGCUCUUAAUCGCGGUUCGUGAAAAAUAGUGGUUUGUUCAAAUUUCGAUAUACAAUAGUGCUAUAGUGCUUUUAUGACUUAUUUGAUGACAUUUUGCAGUAAGUAGUAUAUUGUAGAACAAAAGUGAUUUGUUAAAAUUUCUGUCGUGUAGUGCUAUUGUGCUGCAAUAGUCGAUGUUUAACAAUGGUAAAUUCAGCAAUAAACACUAAUAUUUUGGGAA